AUGCACGUACCGACCUGUUGGCGCGUCUCGACGCUUCUGCUGGCUUUCAGCGCUGGUGGGGCGCAUGCUCAGGAGUGCACAGCGCUUCAAGAGAAUGUGUUAACGUCUUCUGGCUGCCCUUCAGACUGUACAAUCAAUCCAUGCGUGUUGUAUUCGCCCUCCCAGGAAAAAUCUUGUAUCAUGCUGGGUGCUAGUGGCCCUUGCUACAAUGAUAAUAAUUUCUUACUCCCUGGGGCUUCUACCGGAUGCAACAUGACUUAUCAAUGUUUGGAUACGUUAUUGUGGGAUGGGAACCAAUGGUUUUUAGCGCUUGAUGCCAAUACCGCUACUGAUGAAAAGACGAUGGCUUACGUGACACAAAUUACUGCGCUUUCUUAUGAUAGCUCAACGCUCUCAGUUCAAUUACAAGGUGCCCCCGUUGAGUCUUCGAGCAAGACGAAUAUUAAGAACAUUUUGCUUGACCAGACGUUCUUUGAUACACCCAACUCCGUCGUCAGUCUGUUUCUCUUAGACGUGAAUUUACGCAACAUCAUCUCGUCUGUAUCGCUCAAGACGGCAUACACUACGCUGUACAUGUCCAAUGCCAAUUUAAACGUCGUUCCGGAUCAAUUUGCCACAUUCACCGCCAUUUUAAAGCUCGAUCUUUCUCUCAAUUACAUUAAAGAGCUGCCAGAUAAUACUAGCAACAUCUGGACAGGACUGAAUACCGUGACAGAUCUCAAUUUGGCAGAUAAUGAGCUCACAGACUUUCCCGUUGUUCUCACGAACUUGCAGACUUUAAAUCUUACAGGCAAUUCGUACACGACCAUUCCUGAUAAUGUAUAUACCAUGGCGGAAUCAGGCGCACUAAAGUAUCUCUUUAUGGCCAAUUGCAACUUUACUAAUCUCCAAGUCUCGGUUUCACAAUUGGCUUUGUUACAAAAUCUAGCAACCUUUGAAGCUGACGUGGCAAUAACUGAUUGUGGUUCUGGGUUUGCACCUCUAACACUAAGUAAUGCCGAUGUACAACUUUGUGCCAUCUCAACGUUAUCCUCAAACGACGAAAGUGGUGGCAAUUCAUUGGCAAUUGUAUUGGGUGUAUGUUGCAGUGUUCUCGUGCUCGCAAUUGUUGGAUUUGUAUGGUACCGCAAGAAACAUGGCGGUCAUUUUGGUUCUACUAAAGGUGACUCGACAGUCUUUGGUACCGACAUGGGCUCAAGUCUUACUGGUGGUGACACAACGUACGGAUCAUCGAUUUGGGAUGAUCCGGAUCUAUUGGCUGCACGAAUUGAGCAUCGCGAUAUUGAAGCAGUCAAAUUGCUCUCUCGUGGUGGAUUUGGUGAAGUUUGGCUUGGUUUGUACAUGAAUGAAAAUGUAGCAAUUAAGAGAUUGCUCAAUGAUAAGAAAUCCAUGCAGGAUGCUUUGGCUUUUGCUACUGAAAUCAAAGUUAUGGCACGUUUAGAUCAUCCAAAGAUCGUGCAUUUUAUUGGUGUGUCGUGGACAAAUGCUUUGACUAUUCAAGCUGUGACAGAGUUUAUGGAUUGUGGAGAUCUUAAAUCGCUAUUGGAUUCGAGUCGUGCAAGCUCGUUAACGUGGGCGAACUUAAAGUGUCAAAUUGCUAUUGACGUUGCAGACGCACUUGUGUACCUUCACACGCUUAAUCCAAAGCUGAUCCAUCGCGACUUGAAGUCUCGAAAUGUUCUCAUUGAUGCUCAAAGCGGUGCAAAACUAAGUGAUUUUGGUAUCUCGCGUAACCGCAGCUUUGAUGAAACCAUGACAGCGGGGGUGGGGACAGCACGCUGGAUUGCUCCUGAAGUAAUUCUGGGUGGACACUACACAGAGUUUGCUGAUGUUUACUCGUUUGGUGUCGUUUUAUCAGAACUUGACACGUGUAAAGCUCCAUUUCACGACGCUACCAACACGAAUGGCGGUAAGAUGCAGGAUGUAACAAUCUUGCAGCUCGUGUCGGCAGGAAAAUUGCAACCAAGCUUCAGUGAUUCUUGUCCACAUUCUAUUGUGAAGCUGGCACGUGCGUGUUUGUCAUUUGACCCUGCACAACGUCCAAGCGCUAUUCAUAUUUCGUACGAGCUGCGUAAGAUUAUGAAAGAUGAAUUGUAG